AUGCAGAUUUCUACCCAAUCUAUAUUUGCGGCAAGCUCGUCAUCACUUGCUGUUGAUUCGAAGAUGCCGGGACAGUCUGAUACUGAUCCUGAUUUUGAGUUUUUUGAUGCUACCAAUCUUGAAGCUGUAGCUAGUCCAGGGCAAAUUAUCAAUGAUCUUGUAGCCGAUAACUCUUCGCACUCAUUGUCUUCCAUGGUUCCUUCCAAACUUCAGACUCAAUCCGAGACGACCACAAUGACCAGUAACGUCGAUCAGCCAAUAUUUUCCACCUCCUCCAUGGGAUCUCCUGCCUGCUCAUACCAAGACUCGUCCUCCGAAUCUUCCGACUAUCCACGAAAGUCGAGCUCAGGUUCCGUGACUUCUGUGCUAACUCCCGGCGACAUAUUGAAAAGUGACGAUUCAGAUUUAGUCAGAGAAUGGAAUAUAUUGAGCGGAGAUGAAAGUGCAAGCUUUCCGGGCUUUGUAGAUGGAUGUAUCAAUCCCUCCGCCAUGAAUCAAAACUUUUUUAAUACCGAUGGUGGCACGGAUCAUGAUCUUGACUUUGGAAGCUCACCGAGUAGUCCGUCUUUCGGAAAUGAUGUCGCAGCGAUGGAGUCGCCAGAGCCUUCGAAUAAGUCGAGGACUCCCAUUAAAGAUUCCUCUAGAAAGAGCACCUGCAGAAACAAAAUUUCCAACUUGCAACACCAAUUGAAACAGCCUCUAAAGGGUCCUCCGACAACCGACUCUGGAGACGGUUCUCCUCUCUCAGCCAUGAUAUCGAGCCAGGGAUCCUCUCCGAAUUUUUACCUCUCGCCUUCUCCCAGAUCUGCCAGCUUAUGUUGUAUGGAUUACGUAAAUAAUAAUGUUCUUGGCCCCGCCAUGCCGAAACUGGCGACAAAUAUGGAAAUUCUACAACAUCAUGGACUCCCUACUCCACAACGAACUCAACAAAUGAGCUCGAGGAGAGUAUCUUCCCAAUAUCUCCCUAUGUCUUAUCCACUGCAGCCAAUUCUUACCAUACAUCCGACACCUUUAAAGUCUCGUGUGGAGACUCAGAUCCCGAUAAAGAUGACCCUUUUUCCUGUCCCCAUGGGUAUCACUAAACUCCACCUCCCAACCCAUACUAUUUCUAAACCGAAGCUUCUCGCGAAGCCGACUCCUCAGCGAUCGCCAGAUACGCUUGAGUUGUAUACAUCCCUAGUCUGUACGAGCGCUAUGCAAAAUCAAGAACUCAGAAAGCGUGCUUUUGAAAGGGCUGCAUCAUCAGCUCGAACUCUUAUAUCACCAAAGGAAGAGCCCGAUGGCAGUGGCUCAGAUGAAGAUGAUGAAAAUAAGCCCGCAAACGGAGGAGAGGUCAGGAUCUGUGGUGGAUGUAUCAUUCGGGAACGGAAGCGUGCUGCUCGUAAAAAAACCAAGAAAAUCGAGGAGGAAGAAUCGUGGCAGAAAUAUGAGACACAGCGUGUGAUCGUUUUUAACACACAUGAAGUGAAGGAUUGGCAAUCUCCUUCUCAACAACAGCCACACGAUGUCGCUGGAGAACUUACCGAGCCUUAUAUACCUGAGGGUGCUAUGCAAGUCGAUGCUCCCAUGCGGAUCGCAUGUUAUUGCCGACACCAGAACGAGAAAUCCGGGUUUCAAGUAAUCUUCACCUUAAAAGAUAAUCAGGAUAAAUUAAUCGCACAAGCCAUCACAUCUUCAAUUAUGAUAACAGAUGAUCACAAAACAUCUUCUAUGCCCUCACUCACUCCUCAAAUAUCAAUGGGACACGAGUUCUCCGUCUCGAACCAGCCUACCGAAGGGUCUUUUGAUACGGGCCCCACACCAGGAAAUACAGCCGCAUUUCGUCUCUCGAAUUCUAGUUGGAACCUCAACGCCUCGCUACAACGAGGAGUAGUUAACGAAGUUCAUACCUCUCCGACAACUGGAAAUUCUCCCCUCUCUCAAACAAUGCUGACCUCAAUGACUCCAAAUUUUUCUCGUCAAACUUCUCCCACAAUUUCUCAGGGACCAGUAUCGAAGAAGCGAAAAGCAGUCUGUUCCACAAAAGUUCCAACAGCCCUAACAAUGACUAGAAUAGAAAACUCAGAAUCCCAGACAAUGGCCAUAGCAAAUUCCACUAUCCCAUCACCCUUUACGCCUAGUUUUUCAACUUUUUCUGGAGCGAAUGAACAAGGAUUUAAUCAGUGUAACAGUCUUCAGAACAUAACGACACACUUUAACGGUCCUCCUACACCCAACAGCACCGGGCAAAUCUUUUCUAAUGUGAAUCGGUCGCAUUCCACGGACAACCUUGCCAUGCAGCAAAUAUAUAACACACCUGGGUCAGGAAUGCCAAGCCGAGUCUCUAGUCCAAGUGGAAUGAGGCUAGAAUCAUACCAACGUCAUCAGGCCCAAUUAGCGCACGCCGUCGCGAAUGGACUGUAUGGUAUACCUAUGAGCCUUAAUCCUCACCGUCCACCCAUUAUUCACAAAAUGAUUCCCAACGAGGGACCUAGAGCUGGUGGGAUCGAAGUUACCUGUUUGGGAAGUGGUUUUGUUCAGGGGUUAGAAGUCAUGUUUGGUGAAUCUAAAGCUACCACAACAACUUUUUGGGGAGAAACCUCCUUGGUUUGCUUGUUGCCACCUUCAGCAUUUGCAGGAAAUGUCCCUAUUACUUUUAAACAUCAACAGAUGAAUCUAUACCCAAUUAUCAUGCCAAAACAGCAACUAUUUUUCAAGUACGUUGAUGACGACGAAUUGCAAAUUCUUCGGACCGCCCUCUCCGUAUUAGGACACAAGAUGACUGGUAAAAUGGAAGAUGUCCGCGAUAUUGCCAGACGUAUAGUUGGUGAUAGUUCUAAUUGGGUUGCAAGAUCUUCUUCAGGUACUGCCCCUCUACGCAGUGGUACAGGCUUCAACUCGGCUAGGCUUGAUGAAGACGUGGAAACGAUAUUGUUAAAAUGCCUGGACUUGAUGGAUCUAGACGAUAGCCUCAAUCCGCCUCGCUAUAAUUUAAAGAGAUCCUCUGGUCAGACUAUGCUUCAUCUAGCCUGCUCACUAGGACUCUAUCGCUUCGUUGCCGCUCUUUUGGCGCGGGGAGCCAAUCCCGAACCAGUCGACAAAGGCGGUUUCACCCCCAUGCACUUUGCUGCUUUACAUAACCAUCAUCAAAUUGUGAAGAGACUUAUACUUUGUGGUGCUACUCCAAAUAUUCGCAGCCUACAGGGAUACACUCCAGCCGACUUGACAUCGUCCGCGGAACUACUUCAGACAGUGUGCCAUACCGAGCAGACAUUUAGAAGACGAAGUGGAAUGUUUCAGAAGGACAGGAGAAAUAGUUCAUUAUCCCUCAAAUCAUAUGCAGGGCGUGAAUUUGUCUCAUCUCACCCCAAUUUUGAGGCAAAUGAGAAUAGCGGCGUUGACAGCGAGUAUGAAGAUUGUGAUGUAGAUUCAACGCAAAAAUCAGGUUUCUGGAUGAAACCAGAAAAUCAUCUCCCGAGGAGUCUAAGCGAGCAGAAAUUUCAUUAUGACCUUGAGAACACUAAGAUUCCCGUGUUGGAAAGCUUAGAAAGCCCAAUGAGUAUUGACUCAAGCGCAAGCCCACCAUCAGUCACAGCUGUAGCAGGUGUGCGGGACCAUAUAUCUGCCCAAAUUAACUACAUUCAGCAAACCAUGCAUAUGAGUCUACCGAAUUUGCCUCAGAUUCCACGCCUCGACACAGUAUCGCAAAUUCUUGCACUCCCAGGUUACCCAGCCUAUUUUCCUAAUGCGACCCCAAUGGUUCGCCGGAUAUCCAAGUUAGUACAGCGCCCGAGCGCUGUUAAGGAACAAGAUAAUAAAUGGUGGGAUCUUUUCUCGAACAGUGCCCCAGUACCACCUCCUGCUUAUGAAGAUAUUUUUCCUCAAAAUAACCAAAGAACCCAGGCUGGCCAGAGAAGUAAUCUCGAUGACGAAGACUUUGAACUUAUGUCGAAAAAUUUGUCUAACGAGAAUAAAAAGAAUAGUAGAGCUUUUGAUGAAGAGAAGAAGCCUAUCAUUUUACCAUCCGCACAAAUUGGGACCAGUCAUACAAUGACGGAGGAGCAACGAGAUCAACUGAGACAAGCACACGCUGAGAGGGUUAAAAGGCUAAGCCGAGACAGGAAUUUGUUCUUCAUAUGGAUUCCUCUCCUCAUUGUACUUGCCAUGACAUUUAACCAUAUUCCUGAUGUAUGGCCUAGAUCUGGUAUUUUAUCCACCUUUUAUCGCCGUGAUCUAGGCGAUGUGCAAUGA